AUGGCAUCAAAAUUUGAUAUGAAUGAUCUCAGCAAGUUAACGUACUAUUUGGGAAUUGAGGUUCAUCAAUACAGGGGAGGAAUAUCAUUGAACCAAAGAAGAUACGCUUUAAAGAUCUUGGAAGAGUCUGGAAUGGCAAACUGCAAUUUAGCACACACACCAAUGGAGAACGGAAUACAUCUAUCGAAAUCCAUCGAAGAGAAGGAAAUCGAUGCUACAAAGUACAUGAAGACAAUCGGAUGUCUUCGUUACUUGAUCCACACACGACCGGAUCUAUCUUUUGCAGUAGGAGUUCUUAGUCGCUAUAUGCAGGACCCCCAAGAGUCUUAUGGAGCUGCAAUAAAACAGUGUUUGCGGUAUCUACAAGGAACUACUGAACUGGGUUAG